AUGCCUGUACUCAAUGCACAUCCCCUUGCACAGAAUGUUCGAGCUCUACAGUAUGCACAAAGUGUUCAAACGGUUUUACUCUUGCUAAUUCAACUUGUGAGUGUGGCGAUGGGUACUUUACGAACAAUUCCACUUGUGAACAAUGCGCAUCACCAUGCUCUAAAUGUUUUGGGACUGCUACAGCAUGCACUGGAUGCUCUAAUGGCCUAA